AUGGGCAAAGGCAAGGCCAAGAAGGCGAAGCCCACAAUCGUUCACGAGGACUCCGCGAAAGCGCCGCAGCCACUAUGCACAUGUGGUCAUAGCCAUGAGCCUCCUCGAGCAGCCGACGGUCACAAUGUGGAAGGCUGGACCGAGGAGGAUAUUCGAAUCUACAACGAGCUGCUCACCGAGAGAGCGAAGCUUGAAAGGGAGAAGAACGAGCUUGAACAAAAGUCGGCUAGACACCAAGCCGAGAGGGCGCUACUUCACGAGGAAGCGGCUGCCUUCGAUAACUUUUUCAAGGUACAGAUGACUGGCGAAUACAAGUUCACUGGACCCAGUACUUGCUGUCUCGAUUUUUCGACUGACAUCAGGAAAGUAAUGGACGGUUGUCACCACGAGGUCUGUUCCAGGGCGAAAUCGACCGGCGUUUCCUGGAUGGAGAUGGAUACGAUCAAGUAUUACCAGGCUCGUAUCACUUCGGAACGAACACCGCGUAUGAAGAAUGCUCUACGAAAGCAGCGAGACGUCGAACUAGAACGCGUCAAGAAGGAUGACGAAGAGGAGCUCGCCGCACGUAAUCGACGGUCUGUCGCGCUGGACAAGUCGAACAGUAAGAACGAAGAGAACUUGCCAGCUAUGGGAAAGCCACCACGCGACUUACCCCCAUCGCCCCUUCAGGCCCUGCUAGAUCCGAAAGACAACGCAAUUCUCGAAGCUGCUAGGGACAACGAGUCUGUCGUCAAGAGAAUACGAGUUCGAUUGGACAGAAUCAGGCAAGACGUACAUGCUGGCAGAGUCACGGCCUUCGAUGCAAGGCUGAAGCUGGACCAGGCAAACAAGGAGAUGGCCGAGGCCGAGCGGAACAACAACCAAUUCAAAGAGAUGAUCUUCACUCCCGGCCAUGCUGAAGAUAGCCUCCAUGGCAGCAGCGCCAACCUUUCCCAGGCACUCUCCAAGUCGUUGGCCACCUCCAACAAAGACACCUUCAGUCAAGCGCUGAAUGUGAUGAAAGGAUUCUUCUCUGCAUCAGAUCCUCGCGACGUUCAAGCAGCAAUUACAGACCUUCGGAGUGUUCUCGAGAUCAAUGGUCCUAUGUCACCGGUGCUACAAAAGUCUUUCCAAGCUCUAGAAGACAUGCUGGCAAAGCCUAACGCCAAAGGCUUCGCAGUCGAUCUUACCAGCAGCGACGGAACUACGAAGACUUGCGAGAACGUUAUUGACGUUUUACUAACAUUGCGCAACAAUGCUGAUGCUGCCACCCUGAAAGCAACGGCCGAAGAGCUGAAACUGGACAAGGCAACUCUUGACGCGAAUGAGCGGUCUAUUGCUAUCGAAGACGAGGCAACAGAUAAGAUGCUCUAUACUCUCACCCAGAAGGAGGGUAGAGACCCUAAACAGAUUUACGAAGCCAUCAAAGCCAUCAAAGACGAGGCUGUCAAACAAUCGUUUGUUCCACCACUCUCAGACAUUGUGCUUGAGAACCGAAUGACGGACCUUCUCUUCAACCAGGCCGGCCUCGGGCUUAUCAAAGAAUCGAUGGCGGGCACCGAUGAGAAGAAGCUUCGGGCUAUGAUGACCUCGAUCGUCAUUGCGUACUCAGAAAAGGAUCCAGAAAAAUAUCUGCCGUCACUGGACAUGCUGGCUCGCUACUUCGCAAGCAAUGCGGGUACCAGCAAAGCGUCACAUAUUGCGAUUCUUAAGGGCGUCCUUGAGAACGUCAAGGUCAGCAUGGGAAGAUUUGUUGACAAGGCCAGGAACAAUCAUGAGGCGCAGGCAAAAGCUACUAAACAAAAGCGACCUCCCGCAGUGUCUGCCAGCAGUUUGGUGCCAAAUCCACUUCAAGUGAGCAGACAGCCAGAAGCUGGUCCUCUUGGCUUUCCAGGGCUCCAGGAUGUGACUACUCUAAUGGGUGCGCUGGGACUAGGCGGAAACACUACCGCUGGCAUCCAAUCUGCACAAGAGAUCAUCAACCUCAAUCGCCAAAUGACGGCCGAAGACUUCGCCGACGCUUUGACGCAUGAUAAUACCAACGCCACUGCAACUGACAAGGCCCGCAUCCGGAGAGAUAUGGAGCAGUUAUUUGCGACCGAACACGGCGGUCAGGAUCCACGCCUGAUUGCCGGCCUCCAGGAGCAGAUCAUGAGACUGGCCAAUGGGCAUGGUAGUGCGAAAGGUGGCGCGCAAAAGGGCCCGAAGAAGACGAUGAAAUCAAACAACCGGGCGAAAACGUCCAAGUUCCAGGAGGAACUCUCCUCACCGACGCCUUCGGCGAUUCCUGAUGACAGGAAAAGCAGCCCUCCACCAUACAUGGCCAACGAGGGUCGCGCUAGGUCUGCAGUCAAGGUCAAGCAUGUCCCAGUCAGCACACCGCAAAUCUCCGGAGCCACCGAAAGUGCCGAUGACUCGACUUCGCCUUCUUCUGCCCUUUCGGCGCAAGAAGCGACCAUCAAGCGACAGCUCGAAGCCAUGCGUGCCAACCUGGUGGACCUCAGGACUCCAUCCUCAUCAACUUCCGUGCUCGGCAAAGACGUCCUGGGUUUGCGGGAUCCGUUUGAGGGUAUCACGACGAAACUACAGGAGCAGUUUGACGGCCACGUUGCGAUCGCGAGGAGCUUCGCAGACACCAAUGGUUGGACAGGCCUGCAAGAGUGGCUCGGGAAGGAAUUUCACAAAUGA